CUUCUGAAUAUUCAACAACUUGGUUUAGCUUCCUUCCCAUAAUGCUUUGAGGCACUAUAAAUACCAACGAUAUUUUGCUACACAGCGUCUUGUUCGCCCGAUAGUUAUCGUGAGUUUCGUUGGGUUUUCAUCGUAGACUACCGAUCUCUGAAUGACAAUGGGUGUUUCGAAAGAAAACGUGUACAUCAUAAGUACUGUUGUUAUGGCAGUCGUUACGGCUGUAGGUUUUGUGAUCGCUCAGCUAUCAGCUACUGGCGCCGGAGUUAAUCUUGGAUUAUUCAAAAACCUGACUGGAGACAUUUCAGAUUAUUUCCCAAUCGAAGCAACUCCAGCAGAUUGGACAUUCUCCAUUUGGGCAUUUAUCUUUUUCUUUGAGAUCGUAUGGGUUGCGUACGCUUUAUCGACAUUUUGUCGCUCAAACGAGGAAGGUCGUCUUUACACAGUUAUACCUGUGUUCCCACCUGAAUUUACCUUGGUGUACAGCCUCAACCAGGUGCUUCUGGUCGUUUGGUUGUUUCUCUUUGAUCGGAAGUUAAUCGGCUAUUCUUCCUUGGUUUUGUUAUUUAUUGUGGUGUCUUGCGCCAUUUGUCUUUGGGUCAAUUACAGACGAGUGGAAAAGUAUAAAUCAUAUAUGGAAAAGAACCUCAGGUUCGACUUAGUGGCUAAUCGCCUUCUUGUUCAAAAUGGCCUUUCAAUGUACACAACUUGGGCUUUCGUCGCGUCCUUUCUUAAUGGUGCCAUCGCUCUGACGUAUGGGGAAUCAACCCAAGUGGAUGGCAUGUUGGCGUCAACAAUACUGUAUGUUGUGAUCAUAAUAGCAACUACGAUAUACUUCGGACUAGACGUGACGUUCUGGGAAAAAUACACUCGCUAUACUUUCACACCCUACAUUGUCGUAAUAAUUGCCAGCCUCGGAAGUCUUAAUUUUGAGUUUGACUCUAACGCUGCCGACAUUUGCGAGUUGAUUGCACUUAUCUUAGGAUGCGUUUUUCUCAUCGGUAAAAUCUUCCGUACAAUUAUUCGUGCAAGAUAUUCGUCGAUUGAGUUAAACAGCCAGCAGCCAACGGAAUCGGAAUUUUAUUUGGUUGAUAAAGUUGACAAAUAAAUGUUCACAUUGAGCUUAGUUUUGCAUAUCAUGUAAGUUUGUUAAUGUUCGCAUGGGGCUCACCAUUUUGGUUUUUUUAAGAGGCUUCAGUGCGAAGCUUAUUCGAAAGCGGCGCUUAUUAUCGAGAGCGGAGCUUAUCAAAAAAUAUUGGCGUAUCGCUUUCUAUGCCCGAUAGCAUGUUACUUCACGUAUUUCCGUAGUUCAGUGGGCCUAUCAUAGGUCCUACGUCAUCGUAAAUAAAGGUUUAUAAGCCAG